GUAUCCAUCACCCAAGAGCAACACUCAGGUCUUGAGGGUGUACACUGUCAGCAUUACAAGCUGUUAAAACAACAGUCAGCAACACUACCCAAACCAAAAUGAAGUCUUCUUUGGUAUGUGUCAGUGACUAUGAAGCAGAGGCACACAAAAGUUUGCCUCGCAAUGCUCUAGACUAUUACCGGUCUGGAGCCAUGCAAGAAACUACUCUUCAUGAAAACAAAGAAGCAAUUAGCCGGUGGUACAUUCGCCCAAGGUUCCUGAGAGAUAUGUCCAUAAGGAGUCUUGCUACUACUAUAUUAGGACACAGAGUCAAAGUGCCAUAUGGCAUAGCACCAACAGCUAUGCAAAGAAUGGCUCAUCCAGAUGGGGAAGUUGCUAAUGCACGAGCAGCUGGAAGAAUUGGAACAGCCUUCACCCUCAGCACCAUUGCAACAGCUAGUGUUGAAGAGAUAGCUGAACAUGCAUCUGAUACACUUCGGUUUUUCCAGCUGUACAUAUUCAAAGACAGAGAGGUAACAGCAAACCUUGUACAUAGGGCUGAAGCUGCUGGUUUCUCAGCCCUGGUUCUCACAGUUGAUGCACCACAUUUUGGGAUCCGGCGAGCAGACAUAAGAAAUAAAUUUGCUCUACCUCCAAACCUCAGAAUGGCCAAUUUUCAGACAGAUGAUGAAAAAUCCAGUCUGUUAAACACAUCUGCAGGAGGUUCUGGUAUUACUGAGUAUGUCAAGUCUCUCUUUGAUCCAUCUUUAAGCUGGGAUGAUGUUGCCUGGCUUACUAGAAUUACAAAGAUGCCUAUAGUGCUAAAGGGCAUCUUGACAGCUGAGGAUGCUAUUUUAGGAAUAGAGGCUGGUGCUGCUGGAAUAUGGGUGUCAAACCAUGGAGCACGUCAAAUUGAUGGAGUACCUCCAACGAUUGAGGCUCUACCUGAGGUAGUGAAAGCAGUCAAGGGUCAGUGUGAGGUCUAUAUUGAUGGAGGCUUUUCUCAAGGAAAUGAUAUCUUCAAAGCUUUAGCGCUUGGGGCACAGAUGGUGUUUCUUGGCCGCCCUAUGCUGUGGGGUCUGGCAUGUGGAGGAGAGGAGGGAGCAUAUAGUGUGCUAGACAUACUGAAAACUGAGCUCGACUCAGUCAUGGCUUUAUCAGGAUGUGCAACAAUAAAGGACAUUACCAAGGAGAUGGUCAUCCGUAAGGAGUACUAUGCACGACUCUAACUGGCUUUGAAAAUCAUGAAGACUACUGCUGGUGACAUGUACUGCAAAUGCAUAUAUAACUCAAAAAAUUUCAGAGGGCAACAAUUACAGUUGCUAAAACAACUAUCUGUGCAGGUGGGGGUCGAUAUGCUCCAAAAUAUUACGUGUGACUAGUGACAACCCUAAUAUACCAAAAUAUAUCGUCCAUGGUCUCAUAUUGUUCCCCACAAAGUAUGCACAGAUAGCUGUUUUAGCUACUGCGCAUAGCUAUGAACAUAGUACUGUACUAUAUUUUGGACAUAAAAUACAGAAUUAUUUCCACA